CGAUUUGUUUCCGGAUAAGGACGUAUUAAAUACAUAUUUGUCUUAUUCUGAAAGUUACCCGGAAAUGGCCUGAUUGUUGUUUUUUUUCGCGAGCUCACCCCCAUCGAUAGUGUCGUAUUUUAUAGCUUUGAUUUUUGAGUGGAAUUGACUUCCACAGCUACGACUAUGGAGUCUAGUAAUAACGGGAGGGGAGGAUGGAAGUCGAGGAAUUCUCAGCCACAAAAAAGCAAAAUGAACAUGAAUAUUCUUCGUCAGGAAGCGCUAAUUGCCCAAAAAAAGAAGGAAAUCGAGGAAAGGAUGGCAGAGCAGGCAAAAAUGAAUGCUCAAGCGGCAAAUACAAACACUACUCCUGCUCCCCAAGAUCAAGGCAACUCAAACAAAUUUGUAAAUGAUGGCAGCUUCUUACAGCAAUUCAUGCGUAUGCAGAAGGAUAAACCGAAUUCUGGUGCUUCCAAUGAGACAAAAAGCCCAUCAAUAACGUCACCGGGUGGAAAUUCUCUGCAAAAAAGGGGCAUUAUUUUUGGAAAGCGACCUGGCAUGGGGGUCGGCAGCAUGCUCAGCCAGUACAAGAGCUAUGCUCAGUCUAAGAAAAGUCCAGUUCUGAGCCAGAGGCCAAGUGUAUUCUCUUCACCAGAUGAUGACGAUGGUGAAGAGGCCGACUUGUCCGAUUUCUUAGAAAUAAAAGUCUCUCCCCCAGAGGAUUCAGACACCCGACUCAUUAUCAACAAGAUGGCCUCUUUUGUGGCGGAGGGGGGACGUGAACUGGAGAGGAAAGCCAAGGAGGAUUACAAGGACGACCCUAUUUUCUCAUUUUUAUUUGACACAAGUAGUGCAGAGUACCUCUACUACAAAAAACGAGUUGCAGAAAUAAAAAAAGAACUUCCACCAGAGAACAACACAGAUGAUGUCUCCUCCCCAGUGGACGUGAAACCCCAGCUUGUACCUGGAAAGCCUGGCGGGUUUGUGGCUGAGGCUAAUCCUGACGUGAAACCUGUCCUACAAAACAACUAUUCAACUUUCAGUUACUCAUAUGACCAGCAACAGCCAACAGAUCCUGCCCCACCUGCCUGCGCAACAUCGUCUGAUAACCACAGUCAGGAAACAGCAACACAACCAGUGAAACGGAAGAGAAAGAGCAGAUGGGGUGCAGAGGACGACAAAGUGCAGUUGCCAGUUCCUCCUGUUGUUGUCCCACAAGAUGUGGUGGUCCCCGACAGCGACGCACCUGCACUCUCUGUUGCUGAAUUGCAAGGACUGGGUUAUAAGAAAGGGAAACCUGUCGGCCUUGUGGGUGUGAGCGAACUGUCUGAGGACCAGAAGAGGCAGCUAAAGGAACAACAAGAGAUGCAAGAGAUGUAUGAGGUUAUAAUGAAGCACAAGCGAGCGAUGGCGGAGAUGCAGGUGAUGUGGGAGAAGGCCAUCAAGGACCACCAGCAUGAGUACGACAGUGAUGAAGAAGUAGACCAGGAGGCCGGCACCUGGGAGCACCGGUUACGACAGAUGGAAAUGGAGAAGACGCGCGAGUGGGCGGAAUCCUUAACAGAAAUGGGCAGAGGGAAGCACUUUAUUGGUGACUUCUUGCCUCCAGAGGAGCUUGAGAAGUUUAUGGAAACAUUCAAGGCGCUGAAGGAGGGACGGGAUCCAGAUUACUCGGAGUACAAGGAGUUUAAGUUAACUGUGGAGAAUCUUGGUUUCCGAAUGCUUAUGAAGAUGGGCUGGAAGGAAGGUGAAGGCCUGGGCAGUGAUGGACAGGGAAUUAAAGCUCCUGUCAACAAAGGAACGACGGCACUCAAUGGGGCCGGGUUUGGUGUCGAUCGCCCGGCUGAAUUAUCAAAAAGUGAUGACGAAUAUGACGCCUACAGGAAGAGGAUGAUGCUGGCGUACCGCUUCAGACCCAACCCACUGAAUAAUCCAAGGAGGCCGUACUACUGAUGCCUUGCUGUAAAUCAGCAUUUAAAUCGCGUCAUGAAAACCGAGACUGUUGCACAAGUCUGUCAGUUCAAACAAGAGAAUGAAAUAUUUGACCAGUGUUUCACUUCAAUCCUGCUACAGAUCCGAUGUGUCGAUGGAGUCAUCACAUCUUGGUUCUGAUUUCUGUGUCCUGUGAAAACGGUAGUUCACCUAAUGAAAGUAUGUCCAACUAAAGUGUCACUUUUACAUUAAAAACAAUAUCUGCACCGCGAACUCGA